AUGCUGGUUGUUUUUCCCGCAGGGCAGUGGCUUUUUUGCUGCACAACAUGUUUCUGGCAAGGAGACGAAGAAUACCACAGGGUGCCUCUAAACUCUUAGGAGCACCAUUCCGUUUUCUUUGCUGCUUGAAUCCUAGAUCUUGUAGUCGUUCUUUGUUGUCUGCGAGUGCGAUCUUUGUCUUUAGCAGUCAGAGUGCCUCACCCUUUUUGUAUAUGUAGAAGCAUGAAUAAGUAAUAUCACAGAUGGUCCUGAUGAUGCAAAUGCAAGGGAACACUUUUCAAGAAGUGUCCCCGAUAAUGGCGAGUAAUCUUUAAUAUAUGACUCGAAGCUGCACGGCCCCCCCCUGUGGAUGGUCCUGUUGUGGCGCCUGCGCGCUCUUUUCCGCGCUGAUUUUCGCGGAUUCUAAUGCUGGAAGGCGUCAAAACUGGGCGCGGGCGUCUCCUUGCGCCUCUAUGCAGGUUCCUAAGGGAUCCCCUGGCCUCUGCUGACCCUCGCAGGCUCGAGGCCUCCGGGGGAGAAGGCCGCCGAAGGCGGCCACGGUCUCAAGAGCAAGAAGGCCGACGACCCAGGGCCCGGAGGGUACAGGCCGCACGGCUCAGGGGGUCCACCGUAAGACCUGGCGCGCGUCCUAUAGACCGCGGGCCUAAGCCUCCCCCCUCCCCCCUACUAUAAGGGGGGAGCGCGUGCUUUCUCCCAUGCGUGACGCGUCACGCUUUUGAGCGUGACGCCGCGCGCCUGACGGUCGGGCCAUCCUCUGGAGACCUGACCGCCUGAGGAGUAUCUAUCCGGCUCCGUGGGAGGCCUGACGAUCUGAGGAACAUCCGCGGGGGGCCUGACGAUCGGAGGAACAUUCGUGGGAGACCUGACGACCUGGGGCACAUCCGUGGGAGACCUGGCGAUCUGAGCAGGAACAUCAGCGGGAGGCCUGGUGACCUGAGGAACGUCCGCGGGGUCCCUGACGAUCUGAGGGGCAUCCGAGUGAGACCGGACGAUCUGAGGAACAUCCGUGGGCGACCUGAUGACCUGAGGACCAUCUGCGGGACGCUGCUGCUCUCAUCUGAGGAACAUCCGGGGGAGACCUGACGAUCUGAGGAACAUCCGGGGGAGGCCUGACGAUCGGAGGACCAUCCGCGGGAGGCCUGACGAUCUGAGGAACAUCCGGGGGAAGCCUGACGAUCGGGGGGCCAUCCGUGGGAGCCCUGACGACCUGAGGAACAUCCGGGGGAGCCCUGACGAUCUGCGGAGGAUGCUUGGGGGGCUUAACGAUCUGAGGAACAUCCGCGGGAGGCCUGACGAGCUGAGGAACAUCCGGGGGAGGCCUGACGAUCUGAGGAACAUCCGCGGGAGGCCUGCUUAUCUGAGGGACAUCCGCGGGAGACCUGAUGACAAAGGCACGACGCACGACCACGAAGGCGCCAGACAAUGAAUGGCGGCGGCGUGGGGGUGAGAUAUAGACCCAACCACGACAACAAAACAAGCCACCCGCAAAGGCAAUCCCCGGCGGCCCAUCCAUGGGAUGCGAGGCACAUGCCCGCAACACCCUCGCAGACACCUCACCCACCACACCGACAACACACCGCCAGACCUUCCCACCGUCACACGUCGCGCGUCGCGCCGCCGUAAGUCACGCCGUCACAUGUGACGACGCCACACCCACGCCACGCCCCCGCCUGUGACGUUGCCACACGGUGCCGCGGCGGCGCGCCACGUCCUAAGUCGCGCACUAUUUGACACGCCCCAGCGUCCCACGCCACGCGCCCCGCCGUCACAACCUCACGUGCCUCGCCCGUAAUCUUACGUGAGUCACGCUCCCAAGCGCGUCACACCUUCCCGCGCUUCGCUAAGAAUCUCGCGCGCGUCACGCUCCUAAGCGCGUCACGCUGUCACGCGUCGCGCUGGUACUCUCUCGCGCGUCACGCUCCGAAGCGUGUCACGCGUCGCGCUGGUAUUCCCUCGCGCGUCACGCUCCUCGGGUGGAUAGGACGCUCGCAGGGUUCCACGGGGUCCACCCUUGCGCCUUUUGCCGCCUUCGGAGGCCUCUCACACCCGGCGCACUGCUGCGGUGGCGAAGAAUAGCGGCAGUCUGUAGGGUACCUGCAAAGGCCCCCCGGGUCUCUCGCGACCCCUCUGGAAGCCUUCCACCCCCGGCAGACGGCUCUCAAAAGGGUCCGGGGCUGGGGUCCCCGGCCGACGGUACUUCCCCUGCGCUGGGGGGGCGCCGUCGCCCUGCGCCUUAGAGCAUGCAUAUGCUCCAGGGUUCAGGGAGCGGCCCCCUCUAGCGUAGUGGGGGGCCGUGGAUCCUCGGACCCCUUUUGCAGGCGUCUGCCGGGGGUGGAAGGCUUCCAAAGGGGUCCAAGGGGCCUCCUCCGCGUCUUUCCAGCUGCCUGCGAGUACCCUACAGGCUUCUGACGUGCUUCGCCUCCGCAGCAGUGCGUCGGAUGUGGAAGGCCUCCAAAGGCGGCAAAAGGCGCAAGGCUGGACCCCCUGAGCGGUGUGGCUUGGUUGUACCCUCCAGGCCGUUGGUCAACAUCGGCCUGCUCGCUCUUGAGACCGUGGCCGCCUUCGGCGGCUUUCUAGCCCGGAGGCCUCCAGCCUGCGAGGGUCAGUAGAGGCCAGGAGGUCGCUUGGGAACAUGCAGAGAGGCGCAAGGGGACGCCUGCGCCCAGUUUUGACGCCUUCCACCCUGAGAAUCGGCGAAAAGCAGCGCGGAAAAGAGCGCGCAAGCGCCACCCCAGGGCCAUCCACAGGGGGGGGGGCCGUGCGUCCCUGUAUCCUAUAUAUAUAAAAAAUAGAUUAGCGUCAAUUUAUUAGCUUUCUUCAAUCUUGAUUCCCAAAGACAAAACCUCUACCCUUCAUAUGGCGUUUCGUACAUCCCGAUUUCUUGGAUCUCUCCAAGACCGAGUGCGGCGCGUAGAAGAGCUGUAUGAGGAUUUAUGUCGCUCGAUUCCGAGUGGUUCGGGCUCGAGCCAACUUGUGCCACCAGCCGGGUCGCUGGUGCACUUCUUCGCUCGUAAUUUUCGCGUCCGAAUGAGCUGCGAUAUGGCGUCGGGGCGAAAAGUUCCAGUGGCCAUUCUCUUCUUCUCAAGCAAGGAUCCGGCACAAAAAGGAAGCUUAGUGGACGCGCCAUCCGAGCAGCAACAUCAGCGCUCCCGUGGAACGAGUGAACCGCCCGUGUCUGGUCGUGCAACGCAAGAAAAACCGAGGGCCGUGCAGUUGCUGGUGACGUUAGCAGAAUUACUGCUUGCGUGGUUCGGUUGCCUCGCACGCGCCAAACCUGCUGAGGGGAUUCCCACUCCCCAGAUCCCGGCGGAGCUGGUGACUCCGGAACUAAUGCAACUGUUGAGUGUCCCGGCAGACUGCAUUUACGUGGGGGCCGUGCCGGCCAUUUCUGUCGGGGAAAAUGGGCAAGUUGACGCAGCUGCUGUCGUCUCGCUUCCGCGUUUAACCGAGAUUUUAUGGCAGCUCUUCACAGAUGGCGCCACGCACCGCCUCGACCCCGUCGACGACAGAGCAGAAGCGGGAAUCGUGAUGCAAGACGGUGUCGAGCACCCUUCGCCUAGCAAACAGCAGAGCGGUGACCACGUGAAGACCGAGGAGGACCUAAGGAGCGCCUGUGCUGCCGUUUCUGGUACAACACAGCAGCUCUCAUCAGUGUGCGACGAGGAUAAAUCGAUGUUACAACUCGAUAGUACAAGAACUCCGGCCAGCGCGGGUGUUGGACAGAGUGACGCAGGCGCCGCAGAUGCAGCUGGGCUGAAGUUGUCGGCGACCGAUGCGAACGCCUCCGCUCGAGGUGCUGCUGGAGGCGAUGCAGCGGGCACGGGAGGAAUAAACGGACGAAAUCUGCUUGUGGCCGAUCGAAUGUGCGCAGUCGUAGCGUUGACGCCCGAUGAAAAAAUGGAAGGUCUCGCGAUUUGCCGUAGCAUGCUUAUGAGCUCUUCCGGUCUGCAAGCUGCAUCCACAAGGAACCCUGUCGUUGCUGCAGUGGCUAAUGCUUUACGCGCUGAAGCCGCAGAUGGACCUGAAGGAGGCCACGGCGAUACUACACUGCAACAGCUGCGCAAGUACUAUAUUAUAAUAUUAUAAUGAUUUUAGUACACGUUUCUUCUAGUCGUUGAUCGGUGAUGUAAAAAUAUGCUGGCUUCAUCUUCUAUGAUCGUAGUGUGAAGUUUUGAAAUUUUGAACUUUUUUAUGAUGCGUCCUUUUGUAGAAAUGUACUCUCCUCAUGCAUAUUUCAUGCAUACCGUGAUGUAUGUGAUGAAUUGAAAACUCCAACAUCAAUCGUACUUGUCAACUACAGGGAUACAACCGAAACCUGCUUGCAAUAUUUGCAUCACUGGACUACGCUCCAGUCGAAGAUUAUUCACCGCCGCAUUCUUCGAUACGUGA